UUCGCUCUAAGCUUCUGAAAUUAUAAUAACAUUUCGUAGAGUGAAAAAAUAUUUAGUAUGAAUCAGAUGCUCGAAUUAAGCACAUCGCAAAACGCUAAAAAUAUAUUUCCUCGUAAGUGUGUACAAAAGGGGAAAAAAAUAACAUCAAUGAGGAGUAGCGAGUUUGAUCACAAAAAAGUGUGUAAAAACACGAUUUGUUGAAAAAAAAAUAUCCUGACAAUCUAAAUUAUUAGAGACAGAAAAAAAAAUAAAUCAGUAAUGUGGUAUUUAGUGAAUUUACCGGGAAAUAAACUUAACAUUGCUGUUAAGACUGAGAAAAAUUCAAUUGCCGCCGACUGUCUUAAUAAAGUGUGUCAUGAUUUAGAUAUUAUUUGUGAGACAGAUUACUUUGGACUACUUUAUGCACCAACACCACAAGAUUUACAUCAUAAUACCGUUCCGUCUAAUAUUAAGCAAUGGAUAAAUUUAAGAAAUCCUUUAGAGAAAAGGCAUAGGGAUGAAGGUCAUACAAUGCUAGAAUUACGGGUUAAGUUCUGGGUCCCAGCUCAUCUUAUCUUGCAAGAAAAUGUCCGAGAAAUUUUCUACAUGCAAGCACGACAAAUGCUAAUGGAUAAAGAAAUUUUUCCUUCUGAUUGGAAACAAGCAGCCCAGUUUGUCGCACUUAUAUCUCAGUCUGAAGGUGUAAAGUUUAUACCUGAACUGUUAUCAGAAAAUGGCCAGAAAAUUAUCUCAUAUUUUGAUGAAUGCUUAAAACAAAAAACCAAAAGUAUUCAAUUUAGCAAGUUUAAAGAAAGUUUUCAUUCUAAACGAAAUUCAUUUGAUGAAAUGUUAAUAGAUCAUACUGAUGAUAAUGAAAUGCCAAAUGAUAAUGGAUUUCUGGAGAAAUUUAUUAUUGAAAAUUAUCUAGAACAUAUGAUUUUUCCUGAUAAUGAUGAGCGAAGUAAUAAUAAUGGAUGUGAUUCUAAUAUUAUAGAUAAUAUACCUAGUGAUUUACUGUUAAAUAUAGCUAAAGAACACCAAAAAAUUCAAACGAUGACUCAAUCAUCAGCAAAAUAUUGGUUUUUAGAGGAGUUUUCUACAUUGCAACACUUUGGUGAGGAAACGUUUGAAGGCACGUUAAUUUCUGAAAGUGAAACAAAAAUUACACAACAUAGAAACGAAAAAAUUCAUGUAGCAGUAAAUUCUCAGGGUCUCAACAUAAAAAGAGUUGAGAGUAAUAACAGAUUCUCAAUUCCAUUUUCGGCAGUUGAGUCAGCAAAAUCAUUAAGGCGAUGCUUUCACCUUUGUUAUAUGAAUGAAAAUUUCGUAGAUUCUAAUUUAGUUAUAAAGUUUCCAUCACAUCGAAUCGCCGGUACUUUAUAUCGGGCAUUGACAGAAAAGCAUUCAUUCUACAGUUGCGAGACUGUGCAUAAAAACGUUGAAACUCAAUUUAUACGCGACCUAAAGGGCACAAUUAUUUCGAUUUUUAAUGAUCAUACAGAAUUAGGAAAGAAAUACGUUUUUGAUAUUAGGCUGACUUUUAGAGAGUUAUACGACAAUUCGAGGAGAAUACUGCAUUCCAAAGGUUUUGCUAUAACAACAUUGCCACAAUGUAGGCAAAACGAAGAAAAAGAAGGAAACUCGUCAAAUGACACAGACAAGCGAGUCGACCUAACAUGUUCCAUUUGUAUGGAUCAAAAAAUUGAUACUCUAUUUUUACCAUGUGCUCAUUUAUCGUGUUGCAAGUUUUGUGCUGAAAAAUGUGACAUAUGUCCAUUAUGCCGUAAGAAUAUUUCUUCAAAGUCUUUAGUUUAUUUCACUUAAAAGUCAACGGUGAUUUCUGAUCAACCUAAGCAAAAAUUAAUAAUAAGUUGAUAACAAAACAAUGCAAAAAAAAACAAAAAAAUAACAACGAAAUGUGAUUUUAUCAGUAAUUCAUCGAUUAUAUAUAUACAUAUUUUAAUUAUUUUUUAACAAUAAAAAGAAGGCUAUGAAAUUUUAAAAAGC